AUGGUGCUAUCCCGAAGAGCCUGCAGCUUACUCUUGUGUCUAGCGUGCGUGACUGCCAUCUCCCUGGUGGGCAUGGACAAGGACGAAGCCAAGGCCAAGCUGGAGCGCGCCUUCCCAAACCUCAAGGUCUUCACCGUGGGUCAGGAUCGGGUGGUCACCAUGGACUACCGCCGCGACCGCGUCCGCAUCUUCCACAAUAAUGAGGGUAGCGUUGUUCGCGUGCCACGCCUGGGGUGA